AUGAACUUUGUAUACAUAUGGAGUGAUGAUCAAUGGUUACUUGAUAUAAAUCAUGAACGACAAAAAUGUUUAUCACUUUUUCAACAAAUGAAAACAGAAUAUUUAACAAUCAAUGAACCUAUAUCUAUAUCAUUAAUUGGUGCAUGUUCUCAAAUAGGUAUACGUUCAAUAUCUGAAUAUAUUGUUAAUCAAAUACCUCAUUUAUCAUCAAAUUCUUAUGGUAAAUCAGGUGAUAUUAAUCAAGCAAGAAAAGUUUUUCAAUCGAUUAUUAAACCUGAUAUAAUAACAUAUAAUUCUAUGAUAAAUGCAUAUGCACAAAAUGGAAUGGGCUACGCAGCUAUUGAUUUAUAUAAUCAAAUAUUUGAGAAUAUUCAUGAUAAAAUAUCACAUAUUUGCGUUUUGAAUGCUUGUUCUCAUUCGGGUCUUAUUGAUCAAGCUCGAAUUAUAUUCAAUAAAAUUCAUCCGAACACAGAAGAUAUUAUUGUAGCAAUGAUCGUUUGUCUGAGUCGUAUGGCGGCGAUGUUAUCAGGUGCUCGAAAUCAUCGUCAAGUUAUUCUUUCACAAAAAUUCUACGAUCGAAUGAAAUAUUUAUUUUCUGAUAAGAAAUCCGAUACAAUUUCAGCUUCGAUUCUCUUAUCUAAUACUUAUGCAUCAUUGGGUGAUAAUCAACAAGCACAAGAAAUACGAGAAAAUAGAAUAAAAGAAUUUGGUAACAAAGUUAAAGCUGGAUUAUCAUGGUCAACUUGUGCUCAUGAUCGUUCUUGUCCACAAUCAGAUGAAAUUUAUUCUGAACUUGAUCGUUUAUCAAAUGAACUGAAAGAACAUGGUCAUGAAUAUGAUUCAAGUUGGAUAACUCGUCCAUUUGAAUAUGGUGAAACAAUUGAAUCAGUAUUGUUAACUUUUCGGUAUUUACAUUAUCUUAUUUGUUAA